AUGUUGCUCUCGCUGCGCACGCAGUUGAUGAUGUCGGGGUGUUCAGUGCGCACGAAUGAGAAGCGUGAGUGUGUUGACAGCAGACGUAAGAUGGAUCGAAAGUGCAAGGAUUUGUGUUCUCGACGUACAACGCCUAGACUGGCUCACGAACACUGUCGCAAGUGGGGGUUGAGACCGGGAUAUUCAGGGGACAACACAUAUGUGUUCGCCCUUACGCUCACCGAGGUAUAUUGCCGCGGCGAAGCCACCGAUUCUACUGGUACACCGAAACCGACACGAGUCCGCAGUCAAUAUGGCUGGUUGCAAAUGCAUCGGCAUCUUGCUAUCAGCCCUUAG